AUGAACUCGUCUCUCCAUGUUACGGCGUGCGCCAGCGCUGUUCUCUUCGUUAUAUCGAUAGCAAUGUUUUUACGUUGGAUGAAAGCGGAAUCACAUCUGCGACUUCCGCCGGGCCCGAACAGGAUACCUCUGCUAGGCAACGUGCAUCAAUUGCCUAUGCAGUCACAGGAGAGGAAAUUCACGCAAUGGGGUGCAGAAUACGCAGGCGACAUUGUCUUUGCAAAGUUAUUCAAAACACCAACCCUUGUAAUCAACUCGCUACAAGUGGCACAGGAACUUCUUGACAAAAGGAGCUCAAAAUACUCUUACAGACCCGAUUUUAUUCUGCUCUCGGACCUAAUGGGGUGGGACUGUGUUAUCACACACAUGACGUACGGAGACCGUUUUCGCAAGCAUCGACGAUGGAUCUCAAACGCUUUCCAAGACAAACAUUCCCUCGGGAGCUACCGCCCGCUUCAGCGAAGGGAAGCAUACAUGCUCCUUUCUGGACUCCUUCAGAGUCCAGAGUUGUUCAGAUCACACAUUAAGAGGUUCGCAGCAGCAAUGAUUUUGCAGAUUGCGUAUGGCCAUUCGGUGACAUCGUUGGAUGACAAAUUCAUCCACCUGGCGGAGCGUGCCGGCAAGGAGACUGUCGAGUAUGGCAGCGCAGGAGUAAUGCUAGUCGAUUUGUUUCCGUUUCUCAAGCAUAUUCCCCUAUGGAUGCCUGGAUCCGGCUUCAAGAGUCGCGCAUUUGAGAUUCGAGAUCUGGUGCGCAAAAUGCUAGACACUCCGUUCGAGAUGGUCAAGGAUGCUAUGAAAUCCGGCACAGCAUCACCUUGUCUCACGGCUACAUUGCUCGAAGAAGUCCUCAGUAAACGCGCGCCGACAGCAGAGGACGAAGACGACAUCAAGGGAACCGCAGGCGUAUUAUAUGGAGCUGCGACCGAUACGACAGUUGCUGUCCUUUCUACGUUCAUCCUUGCGAUGGUGCUCCAUCCCGAAGUAUACGAGAAGGCUCAAGCAGAAGUAGACCGAGUCGUUGGACAAGAUCGCCUGCCGGAAUUUGAAGACAGAGAAUCCUUGCCGUACUUGGAGUGCGUCGUGAAAGAAGUGUUCCGGUGGAACUGCCCGGUGCCACUUGGGCUUCCUCACAAGCUCAUAUCUAACGACCAGUAUCAAGGAUUUGAUAUCCCUGGUGGAUCUAUGGUCAUACCUAACAUUUGGGGAAUGACACGUAAUGAUAGUUUCUAUCCUGAGCCAGAGAUGUUCAGGCCCGAGCGUUUUGAGCAGAUGGACCGCGAAACGGCGGAGGCACGAGAUCCGCGCAAGAUGGUGUUCGGGUUCGGAAGGCGCAUUUGCCCAGGUCAGGAUUUCGCAGAUGCCAGUAUAUGGAUUGCAAUUGCCAGCAUUGUCGCAACGCUCGACAUCGGUGUCACUACAGAUGAGGCAGGGAAACAAGCCCCACCGACGGGCUCAUUUGUCCCAGGAUUAGUGAGUCACCCGGAGGAAUUCUCAUGCAAGAUCACACCGCGCUCUGAGCAAGUGAAGACGGUUGUAUUCGAAAUGGGUGCUAACGUUGUACUAUAA